GUAGCCAAUCAUAAUGCACGUACAGACAGAGCGGGACGCUCUGAAUUUUGACAAGGAAGUGUAACAUUUGUGUUGUUGUUCUGUUCUAGUUUAGCUAUCUCAGUGGUUGAUUAUCAGUAAAUUAUCCAAAUUCGUGGAAUAUGGUGCGAGACGGUUUGUCAAUCAAGUAGCUAGAUUGCAGAUUCAAAUCGAUUCAUUGCUGGUAAUGUAAGCUGAAGUCUUGUGGCACUUGCGUUAGUCUCCAUUCCCUGUGAGAGAUGGAGGAGCUCUACACUUUAGAGAGGGAGGUAGGACGAGGCAGCUAUGGUGUUGUCUUUGAGGGCCAUAUGGCCAAAACAGGACAGAGGGUGGCUAUCAAGCGGCUGCCCUGCAGCAACCCGGAGAGCAUUGAACUCUACCUGCAAGAGCUGUGGGCCAUGAGAGCCACUGCCAAGAACCAUGCCAAUGUCAUUGCGCUCCACAGCUGCCUGCUGCAGACUGGGCCAAGGAGCCUGAAGCCCCUAAAACCAGGGAAACUGCCUCCACGUCUAGUUGAGAGCGUGCUGAAAGGCACUAUAGUCGGAGCACCACAAAGUCAGGAAAGGAAUGACACCCAGCGGGGGACCAACUCUGUCUCAAGACUUCAGGACAGGACCAACACUGUUCAGGCCAAGCCCAAGCUCCAGGACAAGACUAAAUCAAAUGCAUGUGAUUCUACAACCCCACAAAGGCCUCAAAACAGAGCCAGGAAGAGACCGGCCCAGACGGAGGAAGAGCAGCCGGGACCCCUGCGUUGCUUGGCCCUGUGGCUAGUGAUGGAGUACUGUGAUGGGGGCGACUUGAAUCAGUAUCUGCUCUCCAGGCCACCCGACUCCCAGCGUAACCACAGCGUGGUGCGACAGCUCUGCAGUGCUCUGGCCUUCCUGCAUAGUCUGGGGAUCACCCACCGAGACCUGAAGCCUGACAAUGUGCUGGUCUGUGUGACGCCAAGAGGCCCUGUUGUCAAGGUGGCAGACUUUGGUCUGAGCAAGAUGAGUGAAGGUCUGCUGGACGGGGAUCUGACCAGGCAGCACUUCUCCUCCACCUGUGGCUCUGACUUCUACAUGGCUCCAGAGGUGUGGGGGGGGCUGACCUACUCGGCCCAGGCAGACAUCUUCUCCCUGGGUGUGAUGUUCUGGGCGGUCUUGGAGAGAAUCACCUUUCUGGAGGAAGGGGCCCCGCAAGAACAACUGGGUGCCUACGUGUGCAAGGGUCGCUCCGGCUGGCUGAUGCCGCUGGGGGAAGCUUUGUGGGAGAACGCCGACCUCCAGCUGUGUAUCCCUAUGAAGUUUAAGAGGGCGCCCCCGCUGCCACCCCCGCCCGGCCCAGCCAUGUGCGCCCUGCUUUUAGACAUGCUCGCCUCAAACCCGGACGCUCGGCCCCCGGCAGACCAGCUGGAGGCCCGAGUGCGCUCUGCUCUGGAAGAGGACUCCCGCUGACCGAGUGCACUUAACGGACCAUAAUGGGUACAACCACCUCCAGCCUGCUACAUGGAAAUAUUGAGUAGCAGUCAGUGGACCCCCUGACUGCAGCACUCCCUACAUGUGUAAGCAAUAGCCACUUUGCUGCCGCAGGGAAGUGGGGAUAGCAUAUGUGUAUGAUUAUACAGGAUUGCAGGUGCUUUUCGUGUCACUGAAACAGAUGCUCCUUUUCUAAGCUGCGUAGGAAACCACAUAAAGGGAAAAUAGAAAUCAAGAGGCCCAUUACAGCCCGUCUGUACUGCAGACAAAACACGCAAUGAUAUUCAAACAACUCCAUAUAAAGAUCUAGUGGGACUCACUCAAGCUGUAUUUGAUGUAAACGCCAUGCUGUUGCUUGGGCCUUGAAUGCUUGACAUAGAAAAUCAAUUUUAGUGUGUACGUAUGGCUGAAAUGAAAUGCUAGGGAUUACCCGCUGCUACUGUGUUUUGGGUCCAUUAUCUCAGCUUCAUGUCGGGUGUUAAUUUUGACUUGAUUUUGCGGAUUACUUUGAGCUUUUUACUUGUUGAAAAAUGUAGCUAACGUUGACAAACUUUGUGAUUAUUAUCUUACCCAAAUCUUUCCACCACACAUUGGUGUAGCACAGAUGUUACAGUUCAAUGGGCUUCCAUACGUCUUAAAUAUGUAAAGUGAGUGAUCAUACAUAAACAUUUGUAAUGUGUCCAGUGCAGUAGUUUGGUUAUAAAUACUAUCUUUGUGACACUAUACAAGUCUUAAUUGUUGUUAAUACUCUGUCAUCAGCAGGUGUCAAUAAAAUGCUAUGGUGAUUCUCAGGUC